CAGCAGACGCCUGUCUGGGGAGUAGCAUAUAAGAGGGCCUGCAGUCUCUGCAGUAAAGUUGGAGCUGUUGUGCCUCAAUCGCUUCCUUCCUGCCAUCCAGACCCCAAGCUGCUAGCUGUCCCUCUCCAAGACAACGCCCUCAGUUAUGCCUUCCUGGAUCGUCAAGCUCGGUGCCCUUGUGGCUUUGGCGCAUACCGUCGCCGGAUCCCAGAUCUCCCUCAGGACGACCACGCCCCCGGCCAAUGAGUACGUGACUCACUGCACUGUCAUCCUCGAUGAUGAGCUUUUUGGCUGCAAGGGCAGUUCGAAGCCCUUCGGAAAGAAGUGUGGCCAUAACAGGGGCAUCGAGACCAAGUCUAUCUGCGAUACAUCCUCCGUUACCGUUGAUUGGUCGACCGCCCAGGUUACCUUCCAGGAUAACAAUGGCCACUCGGCUAACUGCACGCUGAGUUCGACUGAGGAGGGAGGUCACUGCAACACUGACGACCCGGAUGAGUUCCCGAUUGAGCACAAUGGAGCAGAGAGACUCGGAGCCGGAGCUGCCCUCUGGGGUCUUGGCACCAUGGCUGCUACCCUGUUUAUCUGAACAUCCUGAACUUAAUGAACAGGGUAAGUGCUUCCUGGUUGAAGUGUUAGCAAUGUCCAACUACUGCUGGCUACUGAAUAGUCGACUAACAAUUAUCUAUCUGAUCAGGUCUUUCGCCAUUUCCGUGAUUACACUAUCCUCAUGAUCACUGGCCCGGCUACCACACCAUCGAUACCGUUGAAAGCAAGUCUAUUAUGGAUGCCGCCAUCAUAUACCCACGAUCUCCCGCACAUAUCUCUGAAGGGCAAGAGAUAACGCAAGACCGAACUCACAGAGGCAUUACUUUUUAAUGCAUAUUUUUUCUUCUUCGCCUCUACCAUUAUGUAUAUAGAUUUAUUUCUUAGUCAACAAUUAACGAGGAAUGAAAUGCCAUACAUACCUCAAG